AUGAAUUCACUUGAGACACCUUUCGUUCCCAAAAAGGCCUGUUCUCAGGAGCAGGCCGACCCUCAAAAAUAUUUCAAACUCAAGAAACAGGUCUCCCCCCAGGCAACGAAUCCGGGAAAGAAGAACGAUAACAAAAACAACCAGAUGGAGGAACUAUCGUUGAAUCCCGCGGAAGAAGGUCUUCUUCGUGGUAUGAGAGCAGAAAAGUUCAGAACUCUUUCCGCUCUCAAGCUGCGAGAACCCAGUUCCAAGGAAGCCGACAGGCUUGCCACGAAAAUCUCGCCGAUGGAUUAUAGACUGAAACGCGAACAAGACGCCAAGAAGCUGAAAAGGUUUAAACAGUACAGGCAUAUCCUUCAUGCUCCCAAAGGCUCAAGCACUCUCUCUGCCUGCAUCCCAAGCCACCCCUGGCCCGAGUUCUCUCAACCGCUUACCUGCCUCCACUGCAAUCUGACCACAGAUCACGUCAAUAUCCACCAAUUUCUUCCAACAAUCAACAUUCCCUGCCCAAAGAGCCCGGAAGUCAGAAUUCUGCAUGGCCAAGAUCUCUGUCCCUACCACGACUACUACCUUCUCAGUGGGUGUUCCCUUGGCUACCACGAGCUUCUGGCGCUCAGUGUGUUCCAGCAGUGGGGUAUAUCAUUUGGCACUGAGUGUGGAAGGGGGCCUGGAUCUCGGGAAGUCUUACUUCCGGAUAGACACUUUGAUGAGAAACGGUCACAUUUCAGAUAUUUCAUCGAUCGCAUGCGCGAGGAGGUGGUGGAGAAGAGGGGACAUCUGGUUACUACGGAGGCGGAUCUGAAGUUGGGGACGUUUCUUGGAGAAGGGACUGGAUCUGGGAAUGUUUUCGAAACGUGCGUUGGAGAAGAGGGGAGGAAGAACUUAGGGGCUAUUGGGGAUGGGAGGCCUGUUGUGAAGGGAAAAGAGACUGGAAAGGAGGAGGAAGACGAUGAGGAGGAUGAGGAGGCUAUGGAGGAUGUUGGGCCGGCGGGCGGAGACGCACCUUUGACUGCCCCUGAGUGA